UUUGACUUUGCCAUUCAUCAUUCCUGUGUUCAAACAUGAAGCAAUCUACACCAGAUUUUGCUAUAAAAAUUCAUGCCAAAUGAGAUCUUCUGAAUUCUGAUGAUUCGGUUUUAAAACAAACUGAUUUUAUUUCAGAAAUGAAGUUCUUAAACAAAAAUAUUCCAAGAAGAGCUUGCAUACCUGUUUUGGAUUUAUUUAUUAUUAUUUUCUUGUUUGUAGUUCACUUAUACUCUCUGUCUUCAUCUGCCAUGCUCACGAACAAAACCGAUCAACUUGCCUUGCUUGCCUUCAAGAAAGAUGUAACUGAAGAUCCAGAACAAGUUUUGACUUCAUGGAAUAAUUCUCUUCACUUUUGUGAAUGGCCAGGUGUUACGUGCAGUCACCGUAGACAACGUGUCAUAGUCCUGGACUUGCAAUCUCGGAAAUUCGGAGGCAGACUAUCUCCGUUUUUAGGUAAUCUCUCCUUUCUCCAAGUCCUAAACCUUGGUGGCAACAACUUCCGCGGAGAAAUCCCACCAGGAAUUGGCAAUUUGUUUUGGCUUCGGUAUCUUUUCUUGAAUGAAAAUUCUCUUGGAGGGGGAGUUCCAGCAAAUCUAAGUCAUUGCUCAGAGCUUAGAGUCCUCCAUUUAAACUUCAACAAACUGACAGGAAGAAUUCCAGAGGAGCUCAGCAGUUUGCCAAAGCUUGCUGCUUUGCAUAUUGCCGCUAAUAAUUUGACAGGAGGCAUACCCCCUGUGUUGGGUAACAUUUCUUCACUUUUAAAUCUCUCAUUAGCGCGAAAUAACCUAGGUGGAAACAUACCAGAAGAUCUCAGCCGACUGUCAGCCCUGAGCUUUUUCCAGGUUGGUGCAAAUAAUCUGUCCGGUAUCAUCCCCCCAUCACUAUUCAAUCUGUCAAGAAUUACUAUAUUUGCUGUGGCAGAUAACCAGUUGACAGGGACUUUGCCAGAAAGUCUAGGAACUAAUUUUCCCAAUCUCCAAAUACUUGCGGUUGGAGUAAAUCAGUUUUCAGGGCGAAUUCCAUCGUCAUUAUCCAAUGCCAGUGGUCUCCAGCAAAUUGAUUUCCCAGAUAAUCAUUUUUUCGGGGGAAUGCCUAAUGAUAUAGGAAUCUUAAAGGGUCUUCGAAGUUUAAAUGUUGGACGAAACAUGCUUGGGAAUAAAGAAGAAGCCAGCAACCUGAACUUCCUGAAUUCAUUAAUCAACUGCAGCAAAAUGGAAUUGCUAGGCAUCGAUAGUAACCAAUUCAGUGGAGAAUUGCCAACUUCAAUAGCUAAUUUCUCCAUUAACCUCAGAACAAUGCUAAUAGGAGACAACAGAAUAUCGGGAACCAUUCCUGCAGGAAUUGUGAAUCUCAUAAACCUGAGCAGCUUAUAUCUUCAGCAGAAUUUAUUCAGUGGGCAAAUUCCCCAGGAAAUCGGAAAACUCUCAAGCCUGAGACGUCUACUUAUGAACGGAAACAGACUAUCUGGCAAUAUCCCUCUCUCCAUUGGCAACAUCACUGAACUUUUUGAACUCCGAUUAGAUGGAAACAUCCUAGAAGGAAGUAUCCCUGCAAUUCUUGGAAACUGCCAACAUUUGCAAGUUCUGAACCUUUCUCAUAACAAACUUAGCGGCAACAUACCCAAGGAAGUUAUUGGCCUUCCCUCUCUGUCUAUUUCUCUCAAUCUUGCAGAAAAUGUUUUGAGUGGAAACUUACCUGUUGAAGUGGGUAACUUGAUAAAUCUAAAAGAAUUAGAUCUAUCAGAAAAUAAACUUACCGGAAACAUCCCCAGCACGCUAGGCAAUUGCUUAACCUUAGAGCAGCUUUCUAUUAAUGGAAACUUCUUUGAAGGAGAGAUUCCUUCAAGUUUCAAUGCUUUGAAGGGUCUACAAGACCUGGAUCUCUCCAGAAACAACUUGUCUGGGACAAUCUCAGAAUUCCUACAGGAUAUUGUCCAUUUGAAACACUUGAAUCUGUCUUUUAACAAUUUUGAGGGUGAAGUGCCAAGAAAAGGAGUCUUUUCAAACAUUUCAGCCAGUUCACUUUCAGGGAAUAGCAAGCUCUGUGGAGGUAUCUCACACCUGAAAUUGCCUGCCUGCCCAACUCAGGAACCCGAAGAAGAAGAAACAUCUGUAUCCAUUAAAGUGAUCAUAGUAAUCACUGUAAGUUCUAUUUCAGGUUUUUCUCUACUAGUUUGUAUUCUCACAAUUCUUGUCCUAAAAAGGUUAAGAAGGAAAACAUGUUUCACAUCUCCUAUGGUGGAACGGUGGCAUUCUGGUAUUUCUUACAAAGAUCUGCAUAAAGCAACAGAUGGAUUUUCCCAGGCUAACUUGAUAGGAGCUGGUAGUUUUGCUUCCGUCUACAAGGGAAUUCUCAAUGACAGCACACAGCAUAUUGCAGUGAAGGUACUAAACCUUGAGCAAAGAGAAGCAACCAAGACCUACAUGGCAGAAUAUGAAGCUUUGAGGAAUAUCCGACACCGGAAUCUUGUAAAGAUCUUAAAUUCAUGCUCCAGCAUCGACAUUAGAGGUAAUGAAUUCCGAGCUCUGAUACUUGAAUUCAUGUCUAAUGGGAGCCUGGACAAAUGGCUGCACCAAGAUACAAGUGAGAACAAUCAACAGAAGUUGACCUGUGUUCAGAUGCUCAACGUUGCAAUAGAUGUUUCUUCUGCACUGGAAUAUCUUCACUAUCACUGCCACACCCCAAUUAUUCAUUGUGACCUCAAACCAAGCAAUGUUCUUCUUGAUUCUGAUUUAUGUGCACAUAUUAGUGAUUUUGGCCUUUCAAAGUUUCUCACAGAAUGCACAGAUUUUUGUCUUUGGAAUGAGUCUAGUUCAAUUGGGCUAAGAGGAUCUAUUGGUUACGUCGCCCCAGGUAUGCCUCCUUUCUGCAGCAAACUAUCCUUGUGCAAAUAA